GCAAGGCACUGCUGAAAAACUACUUUACCCAGAAGCUCUUCGUCAAUUUAUGGCGGAUUCUACAGUGCGUGGCUAGCUACUAUCCAAAUAAACAACAACAAAAUCUAACGUUAGUGGGUAGAAGAUGCUGCGCAGAAAGCCCACCCGUCUGGAGCUGAAGUUGGAUGACACGGAGGAGUUUGAGAGUGUCAAGAAAGAGCUUGAGAGUCGGAAGAAACAGCGAGAUGAGGUGGAUGUUGUUGGCGUGGCGAUGUCGAGUGACAUGGUGGGGGCCGGUAGUGGAACAGGGGAUGGGAAGACACGGGAACAGAUGAUCAAUGAGAGAAUAGGCUACAAGCCCCACCCUAAYCCCAACACCUUGCCAUCGCUCUUUGGAAACCUGCAAUUUUAGGUUCCUAACGGACACAUUAGAGACCGCUAAAAUGGUUGGCCUCUCCAGCAUUGGUGUGUGGUUGGCACCGUGACUGUGCUCUUGACAUGGUCAGGGGUAUUUGUUUACCUGAGAAGUAUCUCUACAAAGAAAUGUGUACUUUGAGGAUCAUAUUGCAUUCAUAAGUCUAAAGUAAUGUUGCUGCAUUUACCUGAAAAGUUAGGACCUGCGAUGCAAAGGGUGGCCUUUUGUACAAUGUAAUGUUUGAGGGGAGGGGUCAUGUACAGUGGUUUCCCUCCUUUAUUACAAACAUCCAGACUUGGUAGCAUCCGUGGAGAGAUGGAUUAACUGAAUGGACUUUAACUAAAUCAGUCAUUACUUACAAUGGUAUGCUUGUACUUUUAUUUGCCUUCACGGCRGCAUUAUGUCAAGGACAGGAGACUGCAACAGAAUUGAACAAAUACAGUUCWWGAAUGAUACCAUU